UCUCGGGUUUAGAAGCGGUCGGAAACAGUCAACUUGCGGUUUUCUAUUGGGAUAUGCUUGUGUGUCGAGUCUGAGAGGUGGAGGGUAUCCAUAGCGCUGAGCUGUCGACGGAUAUCUAAAACUUGCAGAUCAACAACCAUGCAAAAUCUGUGUGUUCUGCUGUCGUUCCUGCUGCCGCUGGCUGUGUCCAGUGAGAAGAUUGGGCUGGGGUCAUUCCGAGACCAGAUCCUUGACCAGCACAAUGAGUACCGACGGGAGGAGCAGGCGUCCAACAUGUGCCUCAUGAAAUGGAACGACACACUAGCGGCGGCUGCUGAGCGUUGGGCAGACAGGUGCGUCUUCAAGCACGAGAUGAAGAGCGGGAUGGGGGAGAACCUGGCGUUCGACACCCGGAAGUUCGACACUCCCAAGCUGCUCGACGGCCUAAUGAAGGGCUGGCAUGACGAGAAGAGGACCUGGAAAUACGGAAGUCAGUCAUGCGGCUACGCCUGUCAUUUUACACAGCUUGUCUGGCACUCCACCAAUGCGGUAGGAUGUGCGGCUACACGAUGUGGGCACCUGGGAGGGCUCAUAGGCGCCAAGGUCAAACACGCCUUCUACCUCGUCUGCUUCUACUACCCCAGAGGCAACUGGAUGGGCGAGGUGCCCUACAUCCCGGGCAGAGCAUGCUCCAAGUGUGAGAAGGGCGCAGCGUGUUCCGAGGAGCUGUGUGAAGGCGGCGGCGGGCCUGAGGUAGCAGCAGCACCAGCACCAGCUCCAGCAGCACUGACCUUAAGAGAGCCAUUGCCCAGGUCGAGGGGUCACGUUUCCUUCGUCAGGAAAUCAAGUCGGUUCGAGACAUUCUCCCAUGGGACGGGAGCCAAUCGGAAAAGUGUAUCUCGUGGUACCAGCACUCUUCACAGAUCUGGACCAAUCAGUCUCGAUCGUUUCCGAAGACCCCUAGCUCUCAAGGCGAACAGUCUUCUGUCUGAUCAGGGAACGUCUCUUGUCUCGAAACAGCCCCGGCAGUUGGCCUACUCUUCCGCCAGAGAAUUGAACUACAAAGUGGCCAAGAAGAACAAGCCAAAGCGUCAUAGAAGCAGAUGCAGGGACAGGCUGCCUGCUUGCUGGAAGUGGGCAGACAGGUGCAAGGGCAACAGAGCUAUAAGGAUCAUGUGCCCCAAGUCGUGUGAAUCUUGUGAGAUGGUGCUGGCUUUGGUAGACGGAAGACUUGACAACAGGAGCCAGGGUUCCCAGAGCACUGUGAUGAAGAAGCAAGUACGGUCUGGUUCCAUUGGACAACGUCGUGGGGUCUCUCGCGCCACCAGAAACAGACACCAAUCCAGUGCACGUCAGCGUCAUCAAUCUGAAAAGGCUACCAUCAACCGACAUCAAAGCGCAGCAAGAAAAACUGACAGCACCCGUCAAAAUGGAGGUCAGAUCAGCAGACGACAGAGUUACAGCAGCAGACGACAGGCACGUUAUCACCACAGCCAACAGUCGAGUCGGGAAAGUCGCUACGGACAACGUCACAACACUGGGAGACACCAUCACCAAUCUCGACAACACAACAGGGGAGCCAGCAGAGCCACACAACACCGGACUGUGCACCAGACCAGAAGUCAAGAUCUUAAAAACAAACAUACCGUCUCUGCGCAGCACCGGAAGCAGCAAAACGCCGUAUUACCUCAGAAAGAUACCCCUUUCUGCACCGACAACGCAAAUUAUGCUGCCCGGUGUGUGUACUGGGCCAAGACUGGGUUCUGUCAGGAGAACUACAUGAUGCGAGACCUGUACUGUAAGAAGAGCUGCGGAAACUGCUAACCAGUAUAAUAUAUGAGAGAUUGGAUCUUUAUUCAACUGUGACAUUAUGGUACACUAUGGUACACUAUGACCUCUUUAUACCAGAGUGAUGGAGUUCGGGUGUUAUAUUUAACUCAGACUCAAGGUUGUUGUCUCCCUGUAAAGACUUCAGCUCAGAGUUAAGUUAUUAGCUCGGAUAGGUGAGGUUCACUCGUUAUCGAUCAAUAAAUAUACAUAUAUACCCGCUAUACAGGUAGAGACUUGUACAUAGGGGUAUAUAUUUAUAUUUACUGGCCAAUAACGAGUUCCUGUCUUGAGGUUAAAUUUUCAGAGUGAGAUAUAGCUGUGGUCUUGACAAAUAAUAAUUACUUUGGUGUGUGGUGUUCGUUUUUGUUUUGGGGUUUUUUUUUUCAUUUAAUGAGGCCUUUGUCGUUUCAGAAUAUUUGUAAACGAAAAAAAUCCGCCAGCAAAAAUAAUCAUUGUUCUCAGUGAAGAUUAUGGGCGAUGGGUUUUUUUAUUUACUCGACAAGCGUAAAGAUCCUGGCCCGAGUGAAAACAACGGAAUCAUUCACAGGCGGAUUUGAGUCCAAUGCAGAAAAUGGAGAAACGACACACUGCUGCCAGUGUUGAGCCCUAAUUUGAUUUGAAUAUGAUCUGUCAAAACAUUUAAAUUCCACCUGUAGAUUGAUGGAAUGUGACAGCUGUACCUCUUCAAGUGUUGUAUAAUGGAGUGUUUCGCCCUAUACCUUUCAAAAUCUACGUUUUGUUAUCGGGUAUACACGUUUGCCCUAAUAUUUAGUAUAUUUACACGCGCAACGUCCACAUUCAUUAGGGGGUGGUUAAUUAAAAAAAUUGUAAAGGAGCCACUUGCAAGUCUAGCUGUAUCGUCCACGCUCAUUCUGAUCAUACAGACUUUCAAUAUAUAUACAGUUGAUACAUUUUAACUUUUGCGUCCGGCACGCUUUGACAAUGAUAGGUGUGUACGUCUUAGUUCUACAGGCGAGGCGGGACGGUAGGGUAGCCUAGUGGUUAAAGCAUUCGCUCGUCACGCCGAAGACCCAGGUUCGAUUCCCCACAUGGGUACAAUGUGUGUAGCCCAUUUCUUGUGUCUCCCGCCGUGAUGUUGCUGGAGUAUUGUUAAAAGCGGCGACCAUACUCACUCACUCACUAUAAGCGCGAUUUGUGAUUCUAUGUGAAUAUAUAAACAUGUACCCUUUAAUGUUAUAUGUACAUACAGCAGUAUUCAUGUUAGUACUACACCUUUGUUUGAUUACAUUGUAUACAAGAUAUAUGCAUCUCACUGUUUGUCGUUCAUAUUGUAAUACAUAGUUACGAAUGUGCUCAAUUACUAUUAUUGCCCUUUUUAAAAACAUAGAAGUCAAGUGACAACGCUUCAAUAGCAAUAGAUCGCGGUGAGUUGUCUCCCUUUUCUUGAUUUGAACCAAGCUCCUUCCCAGCGCGUGACACCUUCGUUACACUCUCAGUAACAUCGCGAUAGUAUAGAGAGCUCCGCGAAAGGGCUAUCGCUGUGAGGAGCUUGGAUUUGAACAAGCAGAUGAGAACAGCAGGAAAACGGUAGUCGUGAUCAAUAAUCACGGAAAAUUGAAAUUAUAUUGGCCAUCAUUUAUUAUCAACAUAUAAUGGUUGUCAUGGUUACAUGUAUUUUAUCACUAACAUCAACUGACAAAAAGUUAUAAAUGCACAUGUACAGUAAAUCAGUAGAAAGAGAACGUCCAAUAUUUUACAGUUUGUCCAAGCUGAGACGGCCACGAGGGGGUGCAUCUUACGCACGCGGAAUGAAUGUUAGAUAGAUGUAAUUUAGUCAAAUGUCAUGUGGUUAACAUAACGCUUCCUAUAUGCUAUAGUGCGUAUUGUGAAAUAAACGAUAUUUUGGUAUGAA